AUGGGUUUAAUGAAUUAUAUCAAAUUUUGCCCUUUCUCAGGUCUUAAAUCUGUUGAAAACAUUGCUCUAAUGGGUGAAGCUCCAGCUUUCAUUGCCGAUGAUCUGCAGACCAGUUUUUCAAAUGGGCUUCAUUUGAAACUAAAUGAGUUUGAAACAGCUACUGUUAUUGGGAAUAAGACAUAUGUCAUUGGUGGGAUUAGUGAUCCGACAUCAACUGGAGUUCGUAUUUUCAAUAAAUCAACUGGUAACUGGGUGAUUCCGACAAUUCUAGGAACAAAACCAAAGGCAUUCAAGGGCCAUUCUACAAUACUCUUGAAUAAAGAUAGAAUCUUGAUUAUCAAAACCAAUUCCAAAUCCAACGACAGUAUUUGGUUUCUUGAGGUGGACACUCAGUUUGUUGAAGAUCAGAAGAAGAAAUUUGAAACUGAAGUAGUUGCUUGGAGUAAGGGAGUUGUAGGUGAUGCUGAAAGACCAAUAGUAAUUAGUGGGCCCUCUGGAGUGGGUAAGGGCACACUAAUCAAUAUGCUAAUGAAAGAGUUCCCUUCAAUGUUUGGGUUCUCUGUUAGCCACACUACUCGGGCCCCACGAGAGAAAGAGGAGAAUGGUGUUCAUUAUCAUUUUACAAACCGAAGUGUCAUGGAGGAAGAGAUUAAAGCAGGAAAGUUUCUUGAAUUUGCUGCAGUUCAUGGAAAUCUUUAUGGGACUAGUGUAGAAGCUGUUGAGGUUGUUGCUGAUGCUGGAAAGAGAUGCAUCCUUGACAUUGAUGUUCAAGGGGCAAGGUCUGUUCGGGGUAGUUCACUUGAGGCUAUUUUUGUCUUUAUUUGCCCUCCCUCAUUUGAGGAGCUUGAGAAGCGCCUUCGUGCAAGAGGGACAGAGACUGAAGAACAGAUCCAAAAAAGGCUUAGAAAUGCCAAGUCGGAGCUUGAACAAGGAAAAUCUUCUGGCCUUUUUGAUCAUGUUUUGGUGAAUGAUGAUCUUGAGGCUUGUUAUGAACGGCUUAAGAAAAUCUUGGAUCUUGAUGGAAGCUCGGAUGCUACCCUAAAAGCGCAAACCAAGGUGUUCGAUUUGCCAAUGGAGUUGUCAUUGUCCAAAAUCAAUGAAAAGAUCCUGAUAAACAGUGGGAAUGAUGAUCGAAGGAUUGUGCUGGACUUAUCUUCCAUGAAAGGUGGGGCCCCUGGGCGGACAAGAGGGCUGUGUAUGUACACCACUGGCAACUGAUGGUGUCAGCCUUUUUCGAUACUAACUUUAGUAAUGAAUUUCUAUUUGAUUUAUAAUUUUAAGGGAAACCCAAAAGGAUUAACUUCAGGAAAGGAGAAUGGUGGUAGUUUUUUUGAUAAUUAUUUUCCUAGAUUUCGGUCAUAUUCAUGAUUUAGAAGUAGAAAAAUGAAGUAGCUUUUGGAAUAUUGCUUUGUAUUUGACCAGAAACUGAUUGAUUCUUUAAACGUAUGGAAACAGAAAAGGAAUUUUACUCUUGUACAAUGUUUAGAAAGGAACUGGAAUUUGUCAAAUGAAAUUCAAUUUUUGACCGGAAACUAAUUUUAAUUGAAUUCUUAGUAGAGAC